AUGUGGGGAUCCUCUGUCGACGAGCGCCGCCUUGCCAGAUCUGAUUCGAAUGCCCCGGCGAACCAAUGGCACACAGUCGGCCAUGGCCAGCCACAUGCAGACCGAAUGCAUCCACCUCUGCAUCCAACAGAGGAGCUUGAAGAGAGCUCUCAAUCUCGCGGCCACUCAGGAACAUGGGGAGAGACUGAUGUUGGAGGCUUCCAUCCAGACCAAGCCAGGCUCGAUUACGACAACCUUAGAAAGGACCUCACUACUCUCGAACGAGCCCGGUCUAGAGAUACACAGCAUUCGCUUCGCCCAACAACCACUCACAAUAGCCAACGAACCGCAAGUGAGAGGCGAGUGUCUACUCAGAUCACUGAGCCAGAGCAUCUUGAGGCAGGCCCUUCCGAUGAACAUGAAGAAGACGAAGAAGAAGAAGAGUUCGAACUCGAGCAAUUCAUGAGAGAGGGCAAGUUCGAGAGACGUGGCGAUGGCGAGCCUCUGAAGAAAGUCGGCGUCAUUUUCAAGCACUUAACUGUCAAAGGUACCGGCUCGACAACGUCAUUUGUCAAGACUUUGCCAGACGCCAUCAUUGGCACUUUCGGCCCAGAUCUCUGGGGCGUCAUAUGUCGAUUCGUUCCAGCGCUCAGAAGACGAUCUGCCGAGACACGGACACUGCUUAGCAACUUCACCGGAUGUGUACGUGACGGAGAAAUGCUUCUGGUGCUCGGACGUCCAGGAGCUGGAUGCAGUACAUUUCUCAAAGUGGUCUCCAACAAUCGCGAUUCCUUUGCCGAAGUCACCGGAGAAGUCUCGUACGGUGGCAUCACAGCAGACAAGCAAAAGAAGAUGUAUCGCGGCGAGGUGAACUACAAUCAGGAGGACGAUGUGCAUUUUGCUUCGUUGAACGUGUGGCAAACGUUCACCUUCGCUUUGAUGAACAAGACCAAGAAAAAGGCCAGAGAGGAGAUUCCCAUCAUCGCCAACGCGCUGCUCAAAAUGUUUGGAAUUUCUCACACCAAGUACACUCUCGUUGGAGACGAGUACACUCGUGGUGUCUCGGGUGGUGAACGCAAGCGUGUCUCCAUCGCCGAAACCCUGGCCAGUAAGAGCACUGUCAUUGCCUGGGAUAACUCUACCCGUGGUCUUGAUGCCUCGACAGCUUUGGACUAUGCCCGAUCACUUCGAAUCAUGACGGACGUCAGCAACCGCACCACACUGGUCACCCUUUACCAGGCCGGUGAAGGCAUAUACGAAACGAUGGAUAAAGUGCUGGUGAUUGAUCAAGGUCGACAGAUCUACAUGGGCCCGGCGAAUGAGGCCAAGCAAUAUUUCGUCGAUCUCGGCUUCCAAUGUCCAGAGAGACAAACAACGGCAGACUUCUUGACAGCCGUUACUGAUCCGGUCGAACGUCGCUUCCGUCCUGGUUUCGAGGAUAAGGCACCCAAGACCUCUGCAGACCUGGAACGGGCCUUCAAGGAGUCAGACGCCUAUCAGAAGGUGCUCGAAGAUGUGUCCGAGUAUGAAAAGUACUUGGAGGAAUCAAACUAUCGAGAUGCACAACGCUUCGAAAGGGCCGUGCAGGAAGGCAAAUCCAAGCGUGUGCCGAAGAAGUCACCCUACACGGUCUCCUUUCCAAGACAGGUUUUGGCCUGUACCAAGCGCGAAUUCUGGCUUCUCUUCGGAGACACAACGACUCUCUGGACCAAGAUAUUUAUCAUCAUCUCAAACGGACUGAUCGUUGGUUCUCUCUUCUAUGGUCAGCCAUCGAAUACCGAGGGUGCAUUCUCUCGCGGCGGUGCUCUCUUUUUCUCGAUCCUGUUCCUAGGUUGGCUUCAGCUGACCGAGCUGAUGAAGGCAAUCAGUGGCAGAGCUGUGGUGGCUCGCCACAAAGACUACGCUUUUUACCGCCCCAGUGCUGUCGGCAUUGCGCGUGUGGUGGCAGACUUCCCGGUAAUUCUGGCUCAGGUCUUCAUAUUCGGCAUUAUCAUGUACUUCAUGACAAAUCUCACGGUGACAGCCGGCAGGUUCUUCAUCUACCUGCUGUUUGUCUACCUCACCACGAUACUUCUUACCGCUCUCUACCGCAUGUUCGCCUCGCUUUCACCAGAGAUAGACACUGCCGUUCGCUUUUCUGGCAUCGGACUGAAUCUGUUGAUCAUCUACACUGGCUACGUGAUUCCAAAGACCCAGCUCCUGUCUAAAUACAUCUGGUUUGGCUGGAUUUAUUGGAUUAACCCUCUCGCUUACUCCUUCGAGGGAGUCCUUACCAACGAAUUCGCUGGACGUACUAUGGAAUGCGCCCCAGAGCAGCUCGUUCCACAAGGACCUGGAAUCGACCCAGCUUAUCAAGGAUGUGCCAUUGCAGGUGCACAGGUCGGCGCUACAUCGGUAUCUGGCGCUACUUACCUGCAGACUCAAUACAACUAUUCGAGAAGUAAUCUGUGGCGUAACUUUGGCGUUGUCAUUGCCUUCACGGCGCUCUACAUCCUCGUCACUGCUUUGGCCACUGAGCUUUUCGACUUCUCGGCAAGUGGCGGUGGAGCGAUUGUGUUCAAGAAGACAAAGCGUGCCAAGCAGGUUGUAAAGGAAGCAUCGCCUGCUGAUGAAGAGAAAGCAGGAAUCGCCGAGGACUCGGGCAGUUCCACCCAGAAGGAGACUGGUAUGGGGGAUUCUGGAGAUGAAGAGAAGGAGAACGAGGCCUUGGAUCAGCUGUCGAAGAGCGAUAGCAUCUUUACUUGGCGAGAUGUCGAAUACACGGUCCCAUAUCUCGGCGGCGAGCGCAAGCUUCUGAACCAUGUUGAUGGAUACGCAAAGCCUGGAGUCAUGGUGGCGUUGAUGGGUGCGUCUGGUGCAGGCAAGACCACCCUUCUCAAUACAUUGGCGCAACGUCAAACUAUGGGUGUCGUCAAAGGCGAGAUGUUCGUCGAUGGUCGACCUCUGGGCCCUGAGUUCCAGCGGAACACUGGAUUUUGUCUCCAAAGUGAUAUCCACGACGGAACUGCGACAAUUCGCGAGGCGCUCGAGUUCUCGGCCAUCCUCCGACAAGACGCAAGCACCCCUCGCAAAGAGAAGCUGGAAUACGUGGACCGCAUCAUUGAUCUUCUUGAGCUCAAUGAUCUGCAAGAUGCAGUGAUCAUGAGCUUGGGAGUUGAACAACGUAAGAGAUUGACCAUCGGCGUUGAGCUCGCUGCCAAACCCUCGCUAUUGUUGUUCUUGGAUGAGCCAACAUCGGGCCUCGACUCGCAGAGCGCAUACUCUAUCGUGCGCUUCCUGAAGAAGCUCGCCGAUGCUGGCCAGGCCAUUGUCUGCACCAUCCACCAGCCUUCCAGCGUGCUCAUUCAGCAGUUCGACAUGAUUCUUGCCUUGAACCCCGGCGGCAAUACUUUUUACUUCGGGCCUGUCGGAGAGAAUGGUAAGGCUGUCAUCCAGUACUUCAGUGACCGCGGUGUCGACUGCCCAGCUGACAAGAACGUCGCCGAAUUCAUUCUGGAGACUGCCGCUAAGCCUCACAAGAAUUCCGAGGGCAAGCGCAUCAACUGGAACGAGGAGUGGCGGAAAUCUCAACAAGCCAAGGAUGUGGUGCAGGAGAUUGAAGGCUUGAAAUUGACGCGAAGCAAGACACAGCCAGAGGCAAAGCGCAAGGAACAGGAGACAGAAUUUGCGGCCUCUGUGUGGCUUCAAUGCACUGAGCUGCUCCAGAGGACCUUCAAACAAUACUGGCGCGAUCCAAGCUACAUCUACGGCAAACUCUUCGUCUCGGUCGUCGUCGGCAUCUUCAAUGGCUUCACGUUCUGGCAGCUCGGCUACACCAUCCAGGACAUGCAGAACCGCAUGUUUACGAGCUUCAUCAUCCUGACCAUACCUCCGACUGUUGUUAAUACCGUCGUGCCGAAAUUUUUCACCAACAUGGCACUCUGGCAAGCUCGCGAAUACCCGUCUCGUAUCUACGGAUGGCAGGCUUUCUGCUUCGCACAGACCGUCGCUGAGAUCCCGCCAGCAAUCAUUGGUGCUGUUGUAUACUGGGUGCUCUGGUACUGGCCAAGUGGACUGCCAACGGAGAGCUCCGUCGCAGGCUAUGUCUUCCUGAUGACCAUGCUUUUCUUCUUGUUCCAAGCAAGCUGGGGUCAGUGGAUCUGUGCUUUCGCACCGUCCUUCACGGUCAUCUCCAACGUUUUGCCAUUCUUCUUCGUCAUGUUCUCCCUCUUCAACGGAGUCGUUCGACCGUAUUCCAUGCUCCCGGUAUUCUGGAGGUAUUGGAUGUAUUACGUCAAUCCGUCGACCUAUUGGAUCGGAGGAGUGCUCGCAGCGACCCUCAACAACGUUCCGGUCCGGUGCGCAGAGAGCGAAACUGCUCACUUCAAUGUGCCUCCGGAUCAAACGUGCCAGAGCUACGCUGGCGAUUUUGCUACGAGCAGUGGAGGCUAUCUGCUGAAUCCUGAUGACAGCACAAAUUGCAUGAUGUGCCCGUACAGCGUCGGAAAUCAGUACUUGGCAACCUUGAACAUCCAGGCAUCUGAGAAGUGGCGAGACUUUGGAAUUUUCCUGGUCUUCGUCUUCACGAAUUGGUUCCUCGUCUUCUUCUUCAUCUGGAGUGUCCGUGUCAAGGGCUGGAGUUUUGGCAUGGGUACGCUCUUUGGAGGUCUUGGCAAGGCUGUGGAAUUCAUCAAGAAGCCACUUUCUCAAUUGGUCAGCAAGCGACGACAGUAGGCUGUCUCAGCACAGAACUGGCGCGGCAUCAAAAAGCACCGGAAGCUAAAUUAUAAAAAGCUAAAGGCAAGUAGAGGUAUAUCAGUAUGAUAAUGUUAAUUCAGCGAUUGUGCUC